AGAAUUAAAGAGAGAGACAACCGAAAAACAGACGAACCAGGACUGGCAUGUUUUACAUUAUAAUCCGUUCCACAUCAUGAUGAUGCAAACGUAGCUUGAUUGGACCUUGAGGAUAUUUGAUGUAAACUUAGCAACCCUUGUUGAUCACCUCAACGGCAAGGCAAUGGAUAUCGUCGUCAUAGUAGCGAUUGCCAUCCUUGGUCUUCUAUUCAUUGCCUCCUUUGUGGCCCUCAUCGUCGCUUGCAGACAUCGAUGUCGUGUCUUGGAUAUUAAUAUCAAAGAGUCAAUACAUAGGAAAAACAGUGGUCGUCAGAAUGUGUCCCUGGUGAACGAUGCAGAGAUGCCUCAUGAAGACUUUGAAGUAGAGCUGAGAGAUGUCUGCGCAAACAACAGCCUUGAACAGAUUCUAGAAGAUGAAGAAUGGGUGGAUGAUGCUACAGGGUUGAUGCCACACUGCAUCGCUAUCCUGAAGACGUGUCAUGAGCUUACGGAAAAGCUGGUUGCCAUGACGAUGGGUAACACCCAUCAUCCCAAGAUGUCAGAGAGCUUGUCUGAUAUUAUUGAGGUUGCAAAGAGGAUCAAUCCAAGGGUUGAUGAUGUGGUGAAGUGCAUGUAUCCUCCCAUUGAUCCACGGCUGCUGGAAGCAAGGUCAGCGGCCUUGCUCUUAUCACUACAACAUCUUGUACUGGUCACUAAACAAGCCUGUCAAAUGUCUAGUUUCGUGGAGUGGAUCGAUGGCUCGAUCAAACAGAUGGAAUCACAUUUACAGGUCUUAAGAGAUGCUGCCAUUACUUGGGAAGCUACCACAGCAGUACCAGAAACCAACCAGCCCCAACCUCCUGCCCUUGGUGCAGUAGGGCCUGCUCCAGCAAUAUCACUCUCUUCCUCUCACGUAUAGAAAACAGCAAUACAUCCUUUUGUCCAGGAAAUACUUUACGAUCGUGCAAUGGACACGUCUUAAUGUGAAGUAAGGGGGCAUUUGUCAUGGUAGCCAGUAUUUGUUAUGUAAUAUAACUUACAUGGUGUCGGGACACAAGAUGUAUUGUCUUUGACAGAUCAUCCAAGAUGAUCUUGAUCAGAGAUCUAUUGUUGGGGAUUGAACCCUAUGCAGUUGUCUGCCUUCGUUACCUUUCGACAUGUGCCUUGAGCACCUCGCUUGAUGAAAUACUCCAGAUCCGUCUCUGAGGCAUGAUUGAAGCCUUCUGCAUUUUAUGUUUCCACUGAUCUUUGGAAUACCUAGAGAAAUAGAGGGUGCUUCUGGAAGUCUUUGGACCAUUCAUGUCUUUCUUGACUAUAAGUGACAACUGGAUUUAUCAUUAGCUUUGCAUUCUGCACAAGACCAAGGGAAUCUGGUCCGGUUCCAUGCGGAGCUGUUGUUGCUCGAAGGACCAUGUGUUGGGGGCUUCUUUAGAAACAACAUAGUGCCAAAUAAGAUCCAUCUUCCAUGGCUAGAGGUGCAUCAUCAUUACUAGUCCUAUGGCCUGCUCAUCUAGUCUUCUUGGGAGUAUUUUAUUAAACCUUAGGGGAUGAGACCAAAUGGAAAGUAGACAAAGUGGGUGUGGACCAAGUGGCAAGUUACCUAAUAGCUAGAUCACUCGAUCUGCAAGGUUGUGCUUUAGUACAUGUAUUUCAGCCACUGCUCCACCCCAUAUUUUGUUUCCGGGUAGAAUAUGGCUAUGGUCCAUUUUACAUACAAUACGUUAGGCUGACAAUUUCUUAUUGUGAAAAGUAAUGUUCGUGUAUGCUGAUGAUAAAUCAGCAUACAAAGUGGUCAUGCUUCAAAAUAAUUGACCCAUUUAAACCAGAGUUACGUACUCAGCCACUACUCUGUUCGCAUAAAAAGAUGCAAUCAGUCUUAACAGUCAUUGCGUUCUUUGUUACAUGUGUUACCAUAGAUGUACAGUUAUAGUGAAUUGUGUUAAUGAUUGUAUAUUUUAUAUUACAGGUUACAGAACUUGUAACCUCUCCUAAAACUUUAAAAGAUAUGCCGAAUGUAUCCUCCAGAAUACACUCAUAUACACUUGUACAGUCUAAAUCAAUGAAUUUGGCGUUUUAGUUUGAUUAGAAGUAACUAAGAAGUUUGCAAUAUUUGAUUUUUGAAUAUUUUUUAAGCAACUAACCAUACUUAACUAAUUGCCAAAAUUUGUCCUGAAAUUGCAUUUGCACAAAAACAAAUCUUUUAACAGAUAUUUGAGUUCAGGGAAUAUAUAUUUUAGCUACAUGUAUAUAUUUUAACUACAUGUAUCAUGCU